UGCUAUCCCACCAACUCCACCCUCUCUCUCCGCGACCCACGAAGACGAAGCAACCCCGAGAGAGGGAGGGAGGGAGGGAGAGAGGGAGUUCACGAUCCAUCGUGGGAUUGUCUUGCGUCGCAUCGCCCGAUCGAGAGGCACCUCUGGCGCGACGAUGGGAUCGGAGCAGAUGAAGCCCUCGCCGCUCGAUCUCCUCUCAUCGAUCCUCACAGGCGGCGAUGGCGCGCCUCCGGAGGCUGGGCUGGCAGUGAUACUCGCCACCUCGAUCGCCGUGCUCGUCGGGUGCGCCUUCAUCUUCUUCUGGCGGUCGUCGCUCGGCGGGAAGGCGAGCAGCCCGGUCCAGCCGCCGAAGCCCUUGACGGUGAAGGUGGAGCGCGAGGUGGAGGCGGACGACGGGAAGACGAAGGUCACCGUCUUCUUCGGCACGCAGACCGGCACCGCCGAGGGGUUCGCCAAGGCGCUUGCGGACGAGGCAAAAGCGCGAUACGAUAAAGCCGUCUUUAAAGUCGUUGAUCUGGACGAAUAUGCCGCUGAUGACGAUGAGUACGAGGAGAAGAUGAAGAAAGAGACAUUAGCUUUGUUCUUCCUGGCUACGUAUGGAGAUGGAGAGCCUACUGAUAAUGCUGCUAGGUUCUACAAAUGGUUCACGGAGGGUAAUGAGAGGGGGAAUUGGCUAGAGACUCUUCAGUAUUCUAUAUUUGGUUUAGGCAACAGGCAGUAUGAGCAUUUCAACAAGGUUGCAAAGGUGGUGGAUGAGACCCUUGCUGAUCAGGGUGCAAAGCGUCUUCUGUCUUUGGGUCUUGGAGAUGAUGAUCAAUGUAUUGAGGACGACUUUAAUGCAUGGAAAGAGCUUCUAUGGCCAGAGUUAGAUCGGUUGCUUCGGGGUGAAGAUGAAGUUUCUGGUGCAUCUACUCCUUAUACAGCUGCUAUUCCUGAAUACCGGGUUGUAUUUAUCAAACAUGAAGAUGUGGCAAACCUGGAGAAGAGUUGGAGUCUGGCAAAUGGUCAUGCAGUUCAUGACAUUCAACAUCCAUGCAGAGCUAAUGUGGCUGUGCGUCGGGAGCUUCAUACCCCAGAUUCGGAUCGGUCCUGCAUCCACUUGGAGUUUGACAUUGCUGGCACUGGUCUUGCGUAUGAGACUGGCGAUCAUGUUGGUGUAUUUUCAGAGAAUUGCAUUGAGACUGUAGAGGAGGCAGAAAGACUAUUGGGUUAUUCAUCAGACACAUAUUUUUCCAUUCAUGCUGACAAAGAGGAUGGUACACCACUUAGUGGUGGCUCUUUGACACCUCCUUUCCCAUCUCCAUGCACCUUAAGAACUGCACUUACUCGAUAUGCUGAUUUUUUAAAUUCACCCAAAAAGAGUGCUUUACUUGCAUUAGCUAAGUAUGCAUCGGAUUCCAGUGAAGCAGAGCGACUUAGAUUUUUGGCUUCUCCUGCUGGAAAGGAUGAAUAUUCUCAAUGGAUUGUGGCUAGUCAGAGGAGCCUUCUUGAAGUUAUGGCUGAGUUCCCUUCAGCCAAGCCUCCCCUAGGAGUUUUCUUUGCUGCAAUUUCCCCCCGCCUGCAGCCUAGAUAUUAUUCAAUAUCAUCUUCUCCUAGGAUGGCACCAACUAGAAUACAUGUGACAUGUGCAUUAGUAUACGAGAAAACACCAACGGGAAGGAUUCACAAAGGAGUCUGUUCAACUUGGAUGAAGCAUUCUGUUCCACUGGAAGAGAGUCAAGAAUGCAGCUGGGCUCCUGUCUUUGUGAGACAAUCAAACUUUAAACUUCCUGCAGAUCCUUCUUUGCCAAUCAUUAUGAUUGGUCCUGGGACAGGAUUGGCGCCAUUCAGGGGUUUCUUACAGGAAAGGUUGGCCUUGAAGGAGGCUGGAACCCAACUUGGUCGUGCUAUUCUCUUCUUUGGAUGCAGGAACCGCAAAAUGGACUUCAUCUAUGAGGAUGAGCUGAAAAACUUUGUUGAAACCGGGGCACUUUCUGAACUGAUACUUGCCUUCUCCCGCGAAGGUCCAACGAAGGAAUACGUACAGCAUAAGAUGGCUGAAAAGGCCUUGGACAUCUGGAAUAUCAUCGAGCAGGGUGGUUAUAUCUACGUUUGCGGUGAUGCCAAGGGUAUGGCUAGAGAUGUCCACAGGGUACUCCACACCAUUGUUCAGGAACAGGGAUCCCUCGAUAGCUCAAAGACUGAAAGUAUGGUAAAGAGUCUGCAAAUGGAUGGGAGGUAUUUAAGGGAUGUGUGGUGAAACUACAUCUCAGCUUUUUCACUUUUCUGGAAAGUGCUCACAUGCAGUGCCUACUCCUUUGGAAAACCUUUUUACGAGUGAUUCAGGAACCUUUAACAAAGGUUCGAUACUUCAAUGCUGGGGACAUUGAUACGCUUUGUGUCCGCAUUUCUCAUCCUUCAUGGCCUGCAUUAUUGUCCUCAAUUAUGUGAUUCUUUUAACUGUCUAACAAGGAUUUUGUUCAUGUAAUAUAUGCCCUUUCUAUGUAUUGCUAGAUUGAUUCGUUUGGAGAAUAAUCUAUAUGUUCAGAAAAAGGGUGGAACAGUUGAACUUGGAAUCCAGAGACAUUUAAUAUUAUAUGAAGCAACUUCAUUA